UUAUAUUACACCAUGGCCUGUUUGGAAGCAUUUUACUACCUCGAUUAUUGCUGCAAAUCAAGAGGGCAAAGUACGGCAUGGGACGCAUACCGCCUCUAAGAAACUUGAGUGUUUCUGCAGCUACUACAGCCGCUGCCUCGCCAGAGUUCAGCAACUUGACGUACAGAUGAUAUAUUACCGGGAAAAUGGAAAGCACCCUUUCUAGGCAGAUCCCAAGCAUGAGAUUGGUUGACUUCGCAGGUUCACAGCCACAUGCACAGCACAAUAUGACCAGCCUGUCGAGGUUUAGUGGCUGCCCUCUUCCGUGCGUGUACCCUGGGGAAAGCAAUCCUGAACCCAGCAUGGUACUGCCAUCUUUGGCAGGGGGGCACAUGGCGCACCCCACUGGCAGCUCCUUAAAAAUCGGCCCCUCGCACAGUUUACGCCAGUAUCCCGAGGCGAGGUCCACUGCUUAUGUUGGUUACUCAGUCCCCCAACCAGCAGACUCUGGAUACACUAGUCAACGCAUAGCACAUACUAGGGAUCUGAUCACUGGAGGAGAUCUGGCCGGAUCCACCAUGCCACCAGUCACUGAUCAACUGGCGACAAGAGCCUCCCAUCAUGGCAUCAUUGGAAGGUAUCGAGACCUGUCCAACUCUAGGGAUGGCCGAAAUCACGCUUUCUUUACCGCAAUCCACGAACAGGCCCGUAGCUCGACCUCUGCUUCUCGAGAACUCAGUAGCCAAGUAAUUUUAGGUCUGCCUGGCGACCUCAUCCAGAGAUCUCAUCACUAUGGUCAGGCAACUGGUAGCUCGAGGGACAGCAGGCAGUUUGUCACUCAACUUUUAAAUACUUAUAAACCGAUGAACAUGUCCAUUCAGAGAGGAUCAGAAGUACUCUUCAGGCGAUCCAGACAAAAUGUCAAGCGGGAACUCGUUUGCAAAUGGAUUGACAGCAAAGAUUCACCUGGUAAAAGACCCUGCGGAAGGAUUUUUGGCAGCAUGUACGAACUGGUCACUCAUGUCACCGUGGAGCACGUCGGCGGACCCGAGCAAGCUGACCACGUCUGUUACUGGGAGGAAUGUGUUCGAGAGAAGAAGCCCUUUAAAGCGAAAUACAAGCUGGUAAACCACGUCAGAGUGCAUACAGGGGAAAAGCCGUUUCCAUGCCCCUUUCACGGCUGCGAAAAAGUUUUUGCCAGAUCAGAGAAUCUCAAGAUCCAUAAGAGAACGCACACAGGUGAAAAACCCUUCAAAUGCGAGUUCGACGGCUGCAGCCGAAGAUUUGCCAACAGUAGUGACCGGAAGAAGCACUCUCACGUUCACUCCAGCGAUAAGCCGUAUGUCUGCAAAGUUAGGGGUUGCGAGAAGUGUUACACGCACCCCAGCUCUCUCCGCAAGCAUAUGAAGCUGCAUUGUAAGUCCCUACUGUCUAAACCACAAGGGGAAAAAGAAGACUACAGUCAGUAUAAAUCCACCGCUCCUGUGGGCCGAGAAAGCGAAUCCCCGCCACAUUCUCUGGGACUAUAUAGCGCCCCGCAGGAGAUGCCCCCUGGCGGUGAUCUGUUGGACUCUCCAGGUGCCCAUCCUCGAAACACAUCUUCCCUGUGUCCACCUUUCCACCUGCCACUCGAAAACUUCUUGGACCUUUCAUCACCUCAUCACCACCAGUCAACUUCAGACGCUUUGGUUUUACCCAGAGGUCAUUUCAGAACAGAGGCGACAUUAUCUCCAAACACGCCUUGCAGUAUUUUGACUCCAAAAGCCCCAUCACGGAAUAUGUCAUCGCAGGGAGCUACAUCUUUAUACAAAGGCCUCAUCAAUGGCUGGUACACUUGCCAGAGUGUGGAGUCAUGUGCUCCAAAACACUACAGUCACGAUGUCACUUCGGUCUGAAGCUGCUUAAGCCCAAAAGUUACAACGGAAUCAUUGAAUUUUGUGAAGGACAUUUCACGUCCGUGCUUUACGUGAUGCACUAAAGGUGUGCUAAUGUAUUAUGCAUCAUGGUGUUAGCACGACGACAGAGUUCACAUUUAGACAUUUCUUUCUCGCAGCCAAACCCACAGAAUAGACUGAAUAUAUGGAAUUAUAUUGACGUUCUAAACACAGCUGUUUCAGUAUAACCGUUCGUUUUCAACAUCAGUAGCCUGUUUUAAAAAAUGUUAUGUAAUGUUUAAUAUUGUAUGAUCCCCCCCAACCCCCCCCCCCC